AUGGGAUAUACUACGAUCCCAGAUGAGGAGCCAGUAAUUAAUACUUAUGCCAACUUCAGAGAUGAAGUUCUUCCUCGUAUUAAAAGACUUGGUUACAAUGCAGUUCAGAUCAUGGCGAUUCAAGAACAUUCAUAUUAUGCAAGUAUCAUGUCACAACUUCUUUGCUCCCAGCAGCCGUUUUGGAACCCUGAUCUCAAAUCUCUAAUAGAUAAAGCCCAUGAGCUGGGUCUCCUUGUUCUCAUGGACAUUGUCCACAGCCAUGCAUCAAAUAACGUGUUAGAUGGGUUGAAUAUGUUUGAUGGAACCGACAGUCACUAUUUCCACUCUGGGUCACGAGGUUAUCAUUGGAUGUGGGAUUCUCACCUUUUCAAUUAUGGAAGUUGGGAGGUAUUGAGGUAUCUCCUUUCAAAUGCAAGGUGGUGGCUUGAGGAAUACAGAUUUGAUGGAUUUAGGUUUGAUGGUGUGACAUCAAUGAUGUAUACUCACCAUGGUUUGCAGCAACAGACGGAUGUUUAUGGGUAUGACAUUGGUGUGGUGUGGGUGUGGGCAUGGGAAAGUUCAUCUCAAGCUGGAAAAUUGUUUAUUGCAAAAAUACUGUGA